UUUACAGAACAGCUCACACAAAUUUUCAACAUAUAUAUUAUAUGUGCAUACGAUGCACAUACUGACAUAUUAUUGGAUAUCGUGGAUAAAUUAAAGUAUGUGACGUCAGUACUAGUAAUUUCCCUUCUAUGAAUACUGAGUGAUUCGUGUCCAGCUGUACUUCACUUGUAAUACACAUAUAUAUUUAUAUAUAUAUAAAUACGUACGUUCAUAGAUCGUUUUGGCCGUCAUUAAGUCACGGGUGAACACGUAGUGUAAAGUGCGUCUGUACGUAGAGGUCAUCGGAAGCAUUAACAGAUUUUGUCCAAUUGAGACAAGGACACCUCAUAUUAGAUAUGUCGACUCCAGCGAGACGGAGACUUAUGAGAGAUUUCAAGAGACUACAAGAGGAUCCACCAACUGGAGUUUCUGGAGCACCGACUGAUAACAAUAUUAUGAUAUGGAAUGCUGUUAUAUUUGGGCCACACGACACACCCUUUGAGGAUGGCACCUUCAAGCUUACUAUUGAGUUCACCGAAGAGUAUCCAAAUAAACCACCGACCGUUAGAUUUGUUAGUAAAAUGUUUCAUCCAAAUGUUUAUGCUGAUGGUGGAAUAUGUUUGGAUAUUUUACAAAAUCGUUGGAGUCCAACCUAUGAUGUUUCGGCUAUCUUAACAUCAAUACAGUCGCUGUUAAGUGAUCCGAACCCGAAUUCACCUGCCAACUCAAUGGCAGCACAACUUUAUAAAGAGAAUCGACGCGAGUACGAGAAACGAGUGAAGGCGUGCGUGGAACAAAGUUUUGUGGAUUAGUUGCUGGCCAAUGUGCUUAGGUUGAGCUACUAUUACCAACAACCAUCAACAACAUCCUACAUCAAUUGUGAAAGAAGAUGUCCAGCCUUACCAUGGAGUUAACGCUAAUCACUUAGCAUUGUCACUCCUAAAUCCUAAAUUAAUUAAAAAUAACAAUAUAAAAUAAUUAUUAAAAAUAAUCAAGUAAAUAAGCAUUAACAAUUAAUUUAAACAAAAAUAUAAACCAUUACAAGCAUCUUAAAUUAUAACAAAGGUCAACAUAAGGUAGAAUUUUUGAUCAAUGUUAUAGAAAUGGUUAAGAAAUUUAUGUUAUUAUUUAAUCAGUUGUCAAACAAAUAAUACACAACGAUGUAUUAAAAAAAAAAAAAUCAUAAUAAUCAUAAUGAAAAUAGAGAACGAAACUAAAGAAAUCAGAGAUCAUUUAAUUGUUUUACUAAAAUAACUUCGUACUAUUGUUUUUAACUUAUUUGAUUUAUGGAUAUAUAUAAUUUAGUGUUACUUUGUUAUUAUAAAUUUAAUUUGAGUACUCUAACGUACAAAAAUUAUUUAAACACUAAGAAAAAAAAAUAUAUACAACAAAACUACGUAUUAAAAUUCAUAAUAAGAAUAUUAAUAAUUAAAUAAUUAAUAAACCAAAUUUGUGCGAUUAAAUCGUUUUUAUUAGUUAUUUCUUAGUAAAUUCUAAGAUUGAUUUUUAAUUUUAUUCUUACAUAUGUUAAUCAUCUAAUUUUUUUUUCUUUUUUUUUUUUUAUCAUUAAUUUUUUCUAAUA